AUGUCCACUGUAGACUCCCUCUCUCUGGCCGGCAAGACUGCCAUCGUCACAGGUUCCGGCAAAGAGAACGGUAUCGGGGCUGCCAUUGCUCUUGCUCUCGCUCGCAACGGCGCGCGUGUUGCCAUCAACUACGUUUCAGAAGCAACCGCUCCUCGAGCAGCAAAAGUCGCAGCCAGUAUUGAGGCAGUUGGAGGCAAGGGCAGCGCUGCAAUUAUUCAACAAGACGUCACCACGCCAGAGGGGACAAAAAAGCUGGUUGCUGAAACUAUCAAGGCUUUCGGAGUCGAUCGAAUUGAUAUCCUUGUAAACAAUGCCGCCUGGGCUGCAAGGGAGCCUGUCUUGACUACGACACAGGAAAAUGUCCAACGAACUUUUGAUACAUGUGUUUUAGGCCCGCUGUACCUCAUUCAAGCUACAGUACCCUACAUGCCGCAGGGUGGAAGGAUCAUAAAUGUCGGGAGCGUAGCUUCAAAACUUGGCAUUGAGCCCGUUUAUGGUGCCGCAAAGGCAGCCAUGGAUGCUCUGACUUUUAGUCUCGCAAGAGAUCUGGGAAGCGAUGGCAAGCGCAUUACGAUCAACACUGUCAUGCCAGGUCCUGUGCUUACUGACAGCUUGCCGCCGACUCCCGAGUUCGAAAUGCUAAAAGACGGCCUAUUGAAUAUGACUAGAGCUGAGAGGAGAUUUGGGACUGUGGAGGAUAUUGCAGACUCAGUGCUGCUUCUUGCAAAUGAGAAGAGCCGGUGGAUUACUGGAGAGAGCAUUUCUGUUAGCGGCGGUAUCGUGGGUAACUAA